ACUACUCGUAUCAAAAAACGUAAAAACCAUUUGCGCAAGCAAAUCUUCAAUCUGUCCAAAAAUGAACACGGAAGAUAACCCAACCGAGUUAACCCACAACUCGGAUUGGGCCGAGUUAACUCACGAGUGCUUAAUCAACAUCCUCUCACGUCUGCCAUUAGAGGACAGAUGGAAGGGACCUAUGCUCGUCUGCAAGCCAUGGUUGGAAGCUUGCAAAGACUCUUCACUCAACAACUCCCUUGAUCUUGAACCUUACUUUGAGUCAUCUACUGAGUCAACUCGUUGGUGGUCUCCCGAGUUUCAGAGGAAGAUCGAUGCGAUUCUUAAAUUCAUAGUCGAUUCGAGUGAUGGGUUGUUGAAACAAAUCCGUGUUAGACAUUGUUCUGAUCAUGCCCUCAUUUUUGCUGCUCAAAGAUGCCCAAAACUUGAGGUUCUUUCAAUUAAAAGUAGCCAAAGUGUCUCUGAUGUGGCUAUGACUGAGGUGGCCAAGAGGUGCCCUAUGCUGAAAGAACUCGAUGUUAGCUUCUGCCAUGAGAUCUCUCAUGAAUCUCUAUCAUCAAUUGGAAGAAACUGUCCUCAUCUGAAGGUACUAAAAUGCAAUUUCAUGAAUCUGCUGGAUUCUUCACAGCAUAGGGGAAUUGUACCAAAUGAUUACCUCAAUGCUUGCCCCCAAGACUUUGAUUCUGAAGCUGCUGCCAUUGGUAAAUCCAUGCCUAAUUUAGAGAAUCUCGAGCUAAAGUUUUCCAGGUUGUCAGGUAGAGGCCUUGCUAUGAUUUCUGAAGGCUGCUUAAACCUGGAAUUUUUGGAUCUGAAUGGGUGUGCAAACUUGACUAGUCGUGAUAUUUUAAAUGCAUCCUCAAAUUUGAAGAACUUGAAGACAGUUUUGAAACCAAACUUUUAUAUACCAAGAUCAGUGUAUCACACUGAGAGGUAUGGUCACUGGAGGCUGUAUGAUGAACGAUUUCAAACAGAUAUUUUUAGGAUAUAAAUGCCGACCCCUUAUAGGUAGGGGCACCAGUUUGACUGUAGGCUAGAAUUUACUUCCGGAGUUGCUUCUUACAGCUGAUAUAAUUGGAACGAUACAGAGGCUAGAAUUUACUUCUACAGCUGUGUUUAUGAAAAGAUGUUGAAGCUCAUCUCCGCUCUUGUCUGAAUGAUUUCUGUUGUGAUAAUACCAGCACUCACCUGAGUUGUAUACUUGUAUUGUUAUUUGUUUUCGCAAUAUUUGUUUGUGACUACCAUGUAAAGCUCAUUUCUGGUUUAGCUGUUGUAAAUACUGAUGUUGUUCAUUAAAUGAAUAAACGGUCAAAUAUUCUGUGUUCUGAUAUAAUUUGAUUCUGAAAUAUCUGCAAGAUUA